AUGCUGGGAAAAGGGUUUCUCAUCGUUUUGUUUUUAGUGAUUGGAGUUCUUGCAACGACGCCGUUUGCCGCCAAUGUGACGUACGAUCACCGAGCGUUGGUCAUCGACGGAAGGCGGAGGCUCUUGAUUUCCGGCGCCAUUCAUUAUCCUCGCAGCACCCCCGACAUGUGGCCGGACCUUAUUCAGAAAUCAAAAGACGGAGGCUUGGAUGUAAUCGACACUUACGUUUUCUGGAACUUGCAUGAACCAGUUCGAAACCAGGAAGAUUUGGUUAAGUUUGUGAAAUUGGUUGCGGAAGCUGGUCUUUAUGUUAGUCUGCGGAUUGGUCCUUAUGUCUGUGCUCAGUGGAACUACGGUGGAUUUCCGCUGUGGUUGCGUGAUAUACCUGGAAUACUGUUUCGAACUGAUAACAAGCCUUUCAAGGCUGAAAUGACUCGAUUCACAGCCAAGAUUGUAGACAUGAUGAAGCAGGAAAAUCUCUAUGCCUCGCAAGGUGGAUCCAUUAUCUUAUCUCAGAUUGAGAAUGAGUAUGAAGUCCUUGAAGCAGCAUUUGGGCCACCUGGGAAAACUUAUAUUAAAUGGGCAGCAACCAUGGCAACUUUUUUGGAUACAGGGGUGCCCUGGGUGAUGUCCAUUCAAUCAGAUGCCCCUGAUCCUAUGAUUAACACAUGCAAUGGGUUUUACUGCGAGACAUUCACCCCAAAUUCUGACGAGAAACCAAAAAUGUGGACUGAGAAUUAUAGUGGCUGGUCUAUUUCAUUUGGAAGUGCUGUGCCCUACAGACCUGUGGAAGACCUUGCUUUUGCUGUGGCGCGGUUUUUCCAGCGAGGUGGAACCUUCCAGAAUUACUAUAUGUACCAUGGUGGAACUAACUUUGGCCGGGUUACUGCUGGGCCUUUUUAUGCUACAAGCUACGAUUUGGAUGCUCCAAUAGAUGAGUAUGGACUUCUUAGACAACCUAAGUGGGGCCACCUAAAAGAUUUGCAUAAGGCCAUAAAGCUUUGUGAAGAGGCAAUGAUGGCAACUGAUCCAACUAUUACUUCUCUUGGUUCAAAUGUUGAGCACCAUAAGAACUAUGGGACCUAUGGGACCGAUUGCACAGGAGAAUGUGUGGUUCAAAGGGGAGGAUUGUGGGCAUUUGAUACAUUUGAUAUUGGAGUUAAGACUACUUAA